AAUUAAAGCUCAAUGAGUUAUCGUUGUUGCAUUGUGUUGGCCAGCGAAAAUGGAAAGAGAGGCUCUACUUCCGAUCCCAAGUUGUUGCAACCUGAGUCUUCAGACUCGCAAAAGAGACAGAGAGAACGCGAUACCGAGUAACGGGCACGGGAUCGGGAACGGAGUGUCGUCGUCGGGAACUGUGGGAAUCCUGUCCAGGGAGGAAAGACGUCGACGCCGACGGGCCACCCAAAAGUACAGAACUGCGCACGCGACAAGGGAAAGAGUGCGCGUCGAGGCGUUCAAUCUCGCAUUCGCGGAGCUGCGCAAGCUCCUGCCGACGCUACCGCCGGACAAAAAGCUCUCGAAAAUCGAGAUCCUCCGGCUGGCCAUCUGCUACAUCGCGUACCUCAACCACGUCCUCGAGGCGUGA